AUGUUUGAUUCUCCAGUGGCUAGUAAAAUUUCUGAUGGAACCGACCCACCUGCCCAAACUACCCGAGCCGACUUGAAAACCGGCCGACCCUACGCCGGUGACAGCUCUCCGCCACCAAAAACCAACUUAGGUGGGUCAGAUGGUGGGUUUUCUUCUUCAAAACUCGAUAUACCUGAUUCGACCGAUGAAACCCAUGAAAGAAAGCCGGAGUUCCUAGAUCCAUUCAGAUUCAUCGAUAUUUCGAUGAAGUCCGGACGUGCCCGGAAAAAACAGAAAGUGGCCGAGCCACAUUCCACGGCCCCGGGGGACGCCUCUGCCCGGACUCCUCCCCGACCAACAGGGGGGAUUGUCAUCCGCGAGCCGCAGACCGAAGCCGGCACGGGGGGCGCAUCCUCCUCCCAAGUGGCUCCGGCGUGGGAGCCAAAGUUCCUUCUGGAUGGCAAACCAUUGCCAUCAACGGCCUCUGUUCGGAUAUGGGAUAAGGGCGAGGGCGGCCGCAUUGCCCAAACCUUGGCCGGAGCUCUCCAACUUCCCGAGGACGUGCACGCCUUUGAGGACGGGUCCGAGGAGUCCGUGGGGCGCCGGUUAGAGUGGCACGCCAUUGCGGCCGCUCAACUAGCUCACAUUGUGGCUGCCCGGGCACGGGAGCUUGACGAGGAAAAUGAGCGCGAGAAGGCGGCGCGGGAGGCAGCAGUAAAAACGGCAAAGGAAAAGGCCAAGAUUGCUGAGUCUGCCGAGAAUAAGGCUGCUGCCGCGGAGAAGUUCCGAGCAUCUGCCGAACAGAGGUGUGCUGACCUCCUGGCCAGGCAAAAUGAGACUGAACUUAAACUGGCCCAAGCCCUCAGUCUCAACACUUCUCAUGCCGAGGAGAUAGCUGACCUCAGGGCGGGCUUGGCGGCCGCGGAGCAGAAGUGGUACGACGUGGGCUUCGCCGACGCCGAGAACUCCGCAGAGCCGGUGGUGGCUCGGGCUCGGCAUAUGGGUUUCGAGGCCGGGUGGUAUGCUGCUCUUUAA